CUCGCGUCGAUCGCGGCGUGGUGCAAGGAGCACAAGCUCCGGACGAUCGGCGGCGUCUGGCUCGGCGGCGUCGCCGGCGCGUUCGCGUGGAACAGCACGCGGACGCAUCUCUCGGCCGCGGCGAGAGUGUUCCACACGCGCAUCUACGCGCAAGCGCUCACGCUCGGGUGCUUGAUAGGGAGCGCGGCCGCGGAGCUGUACGACGCGAAGUACGGCGCG